AUGGCGCCAGCAAGGACAGCAGUUGCCAGCAUGUCUGCCCUAGGAAGGAGGUCGAUACAAUGUCUGCGGAUACCGCUGGAGAGACAAUCUCGAUUCCAAAGACGAGCACUGUUAUCUACCACAUCUGCCGCGACGAUGUCGCAUUCCCUUGUCAUGGACAGUGUUCGGAUUCAGCGCAAAAACACACCUGUCAGUGCUGUGGGAUCGUUUCUGAGUCGGCGGACGUUCUCGGCAACUCUAGCAGCUUCACAUGGGCACUGGGAACCUCCUCCACCUGGAAAAGAGCUAUAUGUUACGUUUAUCGACAAGGAUGGGAAUGAAGACAGGCUAGCGGUCAAUGAAGGCGAUAAUCUUUUGACCAUUGCUCAGGCGAAUGAUAUUGAGAUGGAAGGCAAGUUCGAUGCUGCUUAG